UAGUCGGGAGCAGCCAGAGACAGCGCUCCGGUAAUCUCCCGGUAAUAAAUGGGGGGAGACGGGCACGUUAGGAACCGCCGGCACCAAGUGAUACCGCAGGCCCCCAGAGACCCCUGACACGGAUGCCUGCAUUUGGAGCACGAUGGGUUGCUUCGUGACGCCGCAGCAUACCGACGCACACCAGGCAGGUACACGCAGCAGCUUCACCUGCGAAGCCACAGCGGAGGACAAGCGGAGACUUUGCUGACUGACGGACUGAGAGACACAUCAGUGUACUUUUACCAUGGAGGAGAGCCGGGCAGAGUAACUUAUACUGCAGCCUGUACAGUAUCCAAAACCUGACAGUCAGAGAGGUGAGCGAUGUUCACGAUGAGCCGUUAAAUUCCUGCCGCCGAUGCUUUCUUUGGAGAGUGGAUUGACCGUCUCCUAACGGCAGAGGAGACGAGCAGAGAGGCCUUUACCCGUUUAUUUGAGUCCUCAGAUGGACCGAGUGCCCUCGGCACUGGCCGCUAAGAUGCGCUGGAUCACGCUGGUGCUUGCCGGCUUGACUUUCUGGGGUAAAGUGACUAUUUGUAACUGUUUCGACUACGAGGAGCCAGACUACGAUUACUACGAGGAGGAUAAAGCGGAGACCAUUGACUACAAAGACCCGUGCAAAGCUGCUGUAUUCUGGGGCGACAUCGCUUUAGACGAGGAGGACCUGCGCAUGUUCCAGAUCGACAGGACGAUAGACCUCACACAGCACACACACAUGCGCUCGCAUUCCCGACAGGGCCACACAUCUGGUGGCUUGGAGGAACAUGAAACUGCAAAGAAGAGAGGAUCGUUAUAUAUGCUGCUGGAGAGAAUACGCAGGUUUGGCUUUGAAUAUCUCCCAAAGAACUCCAGCAAGGGAUCCACUGGACCCAAGAGCCAAACUGGGAAAGGUGGGAAGACCGGGAGUGUUGUGAAAAGCCGAUUCCCCCGCGCGGCCACAUCUCGAGCUGAGAGGAUCUGGCCCGGAGGAGUCAUUCCCUACGUCAUAGGCGGAAACUUCACUGGUAGUCAGAGGGCCAUGUUUAAACAGGCCAUGCGUCACUGGGAGAAACAGACGUGUGUGACGUUUAUUGAGAAGACCGAUGAGGAAAGCUACAUCGUGUUCACCUACAGACCCUGCGGGUGUUGUUCCUAUGUGGGUCGUCGUGGCAACGGGCCCCAGGCUAUCUCCAUAGGCAAGAACUGUGACAAGUUUGGCAUCGUGGUACACGAAUUGGGUCACGUCAUAGGCUUUUGGCACGAGCACACGCGACCUGACCGUGACGAUCAUGUGACCAUCAUCCGGGAUAACAUCCAGCCAGGCCAGGAGUAUAACUUUCUCAAGAUGGAGCCGGGGGAGGUCAACUCUCUUGGGGAGCCGUAUGAUUUUGACAGCAUCAUGCACUACGCCAGGAACACCUUCUCACGGGGGAUGUUCCUUGACACCAUCCUGCCAUCCAGAGAUGAAAACGGGGUCCGUCCUGCUAUCGGCCAGCGGACCAGACUCAGUAAAGGAGACAUUGCACAGGCAAGGAAGCUGUAUAGAUGUCCAGCAUGCGGAGAGACACUCCAAGAGUCAACGGGCAACUUCUCAUCCCCUGGUUAUCCAAACGGAUACCCUUCAUAUACACACUGUGUUUGGAGAAUAUCUGUUACACCUGGAGAAAAGAUUGUCCUGAACUUCACCACCAUGGAUCUGUAUAAAAGCAGUCUGUGCUGGUACGACUACAUCGAGGUCCGGGAUGGAUACUGGAGGAAAGCUCCACUGCUUGGCAGGUUUUGUGGCGAUAAAGUCCCUGACGUGUUGGUCUCCACUGACAGCAGGAUGUGGAUUGAGUUCCGCAGCAGCAGCAACUGGGUGGGAAAAGGCUUCGCAGCCAUUUAUGAAGCGAUCUGCGGAGGAGAAAUCACCAAAGAUUCAGGACAGAUUCAGUCUCCAAACUACCCUGAUGACUACAGACCGUCCAAAGAGUGUGUGUGGAGGAUCACCGUGUCUGAGGGAUACAACGUCGGUCUCAGCUUCCAGGCUUUCGAGAUUGAGAGACACGACAGCUGUGCUUAUGACUACCUGGAAGUCAGAGACGGCCCUCUGGAAACGAGCCCCCUGAUUGGUCGAUUCUGUGGCUACGACAAACCUGAGGAUGUGCGCUCCACCUCGCACACACUGUGGAUGAAGUUCGUCUCAGACGGGACGGUCAACAAGGCCGGCUUUGCUGCAAACUUCUUCAAAGAGGAGGAUGAGUGUGCCAAGCCAGACAAUGGUGGUUGUGAACAGAGGUGUGUAAACACUCUGGGCAGCUUCAAGUGCGCCUGUGACCCGGGCUAUGAACUCGCUCCUGACAAGAAGAGCUGCGAAGCUGCGUGUGGAGGCCUCCUCUCGAAGUUGAACGGCACCAUCAGCACACCUGGUUGGCCUAAAGAGUAUCCACCCAACAAGAACUGUGUGUGGCAGGUCGUCGCUCCCACUCAGUACCGUAUCUCCAUGCAAUUCGAGGCCUUUGAGCUGGAAGGAAAUGAGGUGUGUAAAUAUGACUACGUGGAGGUGCGGAGCGGCCUCUCAUCAGACUCAAAGCUGCAUGGGAAAUACUGCGGCACAGAGGUUCCUGAAGUCAUCACCUCUCAGUACAACAACAUGAGGAUAGAGUUCAAGUCUGACAACACCGUCUCCAAGAAAGGCUUCAAGGCUCACUUCUUCUCCGACAAAGAUGAGUGCAGCAAGGACAACGGAGGCUGCCAGCACGAGUGCAUCAACACAGUGGGCUCUUACGUUUGUCAGUGUCGCCAUGGCUUUGUACUGCAUGAGAACAAACAUGACUGUAAGGAAGCUGAGUGUGAGCACAAGAUCCACAGCCCCAGUGGGACCCUGAGCAGCCCCAACUGGCCCGACAAGUAUCCCAGCCGUAAGGAGUGCACCUGGGACAUCACAGCCACGCCGGGACACCGAGUCAAGAUAGCGUUCAAUGAGUUUGAGAUCGAGCAGCAUCAGGAGUGUGCGUAUGACCAUCUGGAGGCCUUUGACGGGGACAGUGACACCGCGGCCAUCUUGGGUCGACUGUGUGGCUCUAAGAUCCCGGAGCAGCUGGUCUCCACCGGGAACAAGAUGUACCUCCGCUUUAUUUCUGACGCCUCUGUGCAGAGGAAGGGUUUCCAAGCUACACACUCCACAGAGUGUGGAGGUCGUCUGAAGGCAGAAGCUCGUCAGAAGAACCUCUACUCUCACGCUCAGUUUGGGGACAAUAACUACCCGGGUCACACUGACUGUGAGUGGCUGCUGACAGCUGAACAGGGCUACGGCAUUGAGCUGAGCUUCAUCACCUUUGAGGUAGAGGAGGAGGCUGACUGUGGUUAUGACUACAUCGAGCUGUACAACGGGUACGACGCCAACUCACAUCGGCUCGGUCGCUUCUGUGGUUCAGGGCCCAGAGAGGGGAUCUACUCCCCCGGAGGAGCCAUGCUGAUCCGUUUUCACAGCGAUGACACCAUCAGCAAGAAGGGUUUCCACAUCCGCUACACCAGCACCAAGUUCCAGGAGAGCCUUCACACCAGGAAAUGACCUCAGAUGACCCCUGACCUCUGUGCAGCCCCACCCACUGUUACCUUGACCUUCACCAUGGCAAUGAGAAAAGUACAGCCUGUCCCGUCUUAUUUGGACUCUGCAGGCAGAUGUGGACGUUCGCCAGCCUCGGGAGGAAGACGACACUUAAAACCUGAACAUUUAUCUCUUACUGCGGCUCCGUAUCUCGCUGUGAGAUGGAACAGGAAAAACAACACGAUUUUAAAAUAAGAGCUUGGACAGAUGGGGGGGAAAUACUCUGAGGAUUGAUUGGAGAAGAUUUAUUACAGGAUAUCAAGAUACCCUCAGUGUGAGAGGAGGGUUACAGAACGUGCAAAUCAGUUUACUGAGAUACUUACUGUUGAAGAAAAGAGGAGUACAAACUUUCAUAUAAAUGUACUACAUUGAUAUUCAUAAUUAUGAACUAUGGAUGCUAAAGGAACUAAGGCUUCAAAAUAAAAGAAAAUGCCUCCAAAGCAGGGAGUUUUUCGAACUCCUUGAUCCUUGACCUGUGCGACUUACUGUGAUCCGACGGCUGCUCAUACCCACAGAAACACUUUUAUUGCCUUUGAUGCCUGGGAACUGGUCUGUUCAACCCAGCUCAGAACGGCUGCAGACGAUUUUAUUUCAUGUCUUAUGUGAAAAAAAAAAAGUGUUUACUGUUUGUGUGUCUGUGUGUACAGAGAAGAGAACAAAACCUAAAAGCUGAAGGCCGUCAUGUUGCUCUUUUUUUUGCUUAAAGCUUAUGCCGACGACCAUCGUGUAUGGAAAAAUUAAAAAAUGUACAAAUGAUCUGUGAUGCUAAUGUUAAGCCUUGCUUUAUGUUGUGUGUGAUUUUUUGAGUAUGAAGACCAUCCUCUAACAAACGAAGCAACUUUUUAUGGAUGUUUCCAGUUUCCACCUCAACCUCUCGACACCCAAUCUUUUGUUUUUUUUCCAAGUGGAUGUCAGAAAGGGAAUAUUUUCACAGCUGUCUCUCGGAGUGACACGAUUCUGAUUGAAGGAGAGAUUCCCAUGGUGCUAAAAAUAAAAACUUCACUGACUGACAGACGACUGCCGGUGAAGUAAAGACUUUGAAUCGGAGACACAGUCGGCGUGCAAACAGCACACUGCAUCAACAGCACUAGUCCUGUGGAACUACAAUAUUGCCUUAGAACCAAAAUGUAUGCUAUCAGAGGUUGUUUUUUGAGGUUUUCUGGCAGCGUGUUUCAAUUUAUUUGGAUUCUUGAAUGGUCUUGUGAAAAAAAAACAUGGGAAAUGUAGUCUGUGUGUGAGAUAGAGUGUCAAUGGUGCAUGCAUGUUUGUGUCAUUUUUGUAGCUGCUCUCUGAGAUACAUACACAUACACGCUUACACGUCCACAGAAACACACCUGAUUUGUGUGCAUUUUACCUGAACACACACUUCUGUCUCUCUGUGUUUUUGGAGCGAGGAGUAAAGCGAGGUGCUGUCAAAUGAAGGAAAAACAAGGUGCAUGCAGGAUGCAUCAUUUCUGUGUUCCAAUGCAAAUGUGUAAGUGUGUGUUAUAGGGCGAUUAUAGAGAAAUAAUGUGUGUGUGUGACUGCAAACUGUAUGUUUUUAAGUUGAAUCUUCAUUACUGUACGUGCCAAUCUCCAGAUGACCCUGAUCCACUGUAGCUUUUGUUUUAUCAUUCCACCUCAGUGUCUGUAGCUCAAGAGACGCUGACAUGACGUCCUCUGCAUCAGUCAUUAAAAUACACACAGGUUAAAA